AUGGAUCAAAUCUCACACAAUAGGAGGAGUCCAGCUAGGUCAGUAGCUGGGGAAGAUGAGGGUUCGCCACAUGAGGAUAGUUUACCCGCGUGCCUAUCUUGCAGGAGAAGGAAAUCUAGAUGCUCUAGAGAGAGGCCGAGCUGCGCGCAAUGCUUCAAGAUAGGUGCUGAAUGCCAGUAUGUCGUCAAGCAGAAACCAGGUAUCAAGGCAGGGGCAGUCGAUAAUCUCAAUCGACGGCUAGAGGUAUUGGAACAAAUACUCUUGGAUAGUUCUGGCAAUACAAGAGCCAGGUUGGCUGCUUUGCUAGACGGAGAUAUCGGGGAGUUUAAUGGCAAUAAAUUUCUCCAAACGUCGUCCGUGAUUAGACAAGAGGGACAUCUUACACAAGGAGACGCAAUAGAGUAUGGAACCCGAGAUUCUUCCCUUGCUUCCACCUCUCAGGCAGAACACCAUCGUCCGAAACGACAACGGAUUGAUGAUGAUGAUGAUAACGAUACUGGAAACCUUCAGUACUGGGAUGCAGAUAAUGACUCCUGGAUCCCUCCACUACCACCUAUUUCAUUUUUGGAAGCGGUCGUCGAAGCUCACUUCCAAACGGUGCAUCACUGGAUUCCGAUUCUCCAUGAAACAAGAUUCCGGGCCAAGUUCAAAGACCAAGUUGAAAGGCAAAAGCUUUACAUACUUCUUCAUGCUUUAUUAUCUGCCUCGAUCAAGUAUGUCGACUUUGAACAUUUUGGAAUGAAUGUACAGGAUGUUACAAGGCAGAUUCACGUCUCUCGGAAGACAGUCAUGUCGCAUGUAAUGGGAGCACUCUCCGUCGAAAAUACUCAAGCAUUGGUUAUUAUUGCUUUUGACUAUAUGGGAAGCGGCCACGUCUCAAAAACGUGGCCUAUCAUUGGAUCUCUGACUAGAGUCGUCGACUAUCUGCAGCUAACUAUAGAGCCAGACGAAGAGUCGCCAAAGAGACCUCUCUUGAAAUCCUUAGCCAUUCUAAACACCACACAUGAUUGGACGGAAUCUGAAGAACGACGGAGGCUUUUCUGGAGCGUUUUUCUUUUGGAUAGAUGGCAUACAAGUCUAACAUCAGACGACGUUCAUCGGCGCUUACCUUGUGGUGGAGCAAUGUGGGCACGCUCUGAGCCAGUUUCGACCCCGUACUUUGGAAUAUGGGACAAAGCUACGGCCAAGAUAGGCAACUCAAUAUCGAAUGCGCCAACCAUCUAUCUGUCUCCAAAAACGGCAAUUGAUGACCCAACUCCUGGGUCCAAUGCUGAUGUAGAUGUAUCUAAGCUCGGGGCAUUUGCGUAUUGCAUCGAAGCGACGGAGAAUCUUAGCCAAGUCACGUCCUUUUUCUUACAACAAAGUGUCGAUUUUGAUGACCGAGAUGCUGUCAAAAACUGGCUCACAAGAUUCAAGGAACUCGACUUGCGUUUGGUUCAUUGGAAGAUGUUUUUGCCGAAACAAUGGCAAGAUUCGAAUGUUUCUCGUGACGUUCUAGUCAUAAAGAUGGACCCAAAUCUCACCCUCGCGCAUAUCUCGCACAAUACUUCUACAAUCCUCCUUCAUCAACACGUUGCCUAUCCUCCUACUCGAUGGAAAGAUGUUGUCAAGCUCCCUAGUUCAUGUAGUGCCGAGACGUGCCAUCUUGCUGCAGUUGAAACAUCAUCCAUCGUGCAAAAGUAUUUGCGAUAUAUGGGCGGAAUUGUCAACAGCCAGUUUGCCUUUUGCGCUUUCGUGGCUGCGAGAGUUUUACUCAUUCAUUGGAUUUCUUGCGAAACACGCGUAUUGGACACUGAAUUUUUCAACCUUUUACAGAGUCUGAAAGACAUGUCCGAUAAGUGGCGUGGAUACUAUAAAAGUGGUUCUACAGUCAACGACAUAUCGGGCCAGAAAAGGGAAGAACGAACUAUGGACUUGCCCAGCAGAUAUGUAGAGCAGCUUGAGCAUCUACACACACGCUUCCUUAACGACAUGACGUUCUCAACGGCUGGCCUUACAGAUAUCCUCUGCGAUGCGAGCUUGCACGACUAUGCCGAGAAAUCGGCGCAUCAUACGCCAAUAUCCACCAGUCACGUUAAUCAUGGGAAUUCAACAAGAGUAUAUCGACGAUAUUCAUCUGGAUUUGAAGCAUAUCAAAAUGCGGGUGUACCUUCUCCUGCGAGAAGGUCUGAUCACCACACAAACCAUCCGUCUGACGGAUCCCCUAACCGUAUGCGGCAUUCUGCAGCAUAUGAAACUCGGGGCUUUAGAGGAUCUUUGGAAGGCAUGGCUUUUCCAUCACGGUCCGAAGCUGCCCAGCCAAUUAUAACUGAAGAAGAUGAGCUAACAACUAUGUCAAAUAUGCUACUUGGAAACCAGUUCUUGGAAAUGGAUCGUGUCAUUACACUCCAAAGCACAGAUUUCUUCAACUUUGAUUCGACUGGAAGGGUAGGCUUAUCCGGAUAAGUUAAUGGCGAAGGCGUAGCCAUAUCCUGCGCGCAGAUAGUAUCUUAUACUUUAAUAGUUUC